AUGAUUGAAGCAAAAAUUCCUCAUGAAUUACCAAAAUACUUAGAGCCUGGGCAAAAACAUGUCAAACAAUUAUUUUCUUAUCUAUGGCAAGAAAAAUCUACCAAAAUUGCUUCUUAUUAUACCUUUGAUUUAACUUCAGAAAAGGAUCGCUUUUACAACAUAAAUUUAGGAAAAGAUGAACUAUCUAACUCCUUAAAUGUUGAUAACUUAAUCGAUAGUGGGAAAAAAUUUCGAGACCUAAAAGAUAUUUCGGAAAAAGAUUCAAAAAUUUUGUUUAAUCAAUUUUUAACUAUUUUGAGAACUAAUGCAAUUUCCGAUAAAUCCAAUGCUUUUGAUAAAAUCAUAAAUCUCUUUAUCGCGAAGGUUUUUGACGAGCUCGGUGAAGACAAGCAAUUUGAUGUAAGAAUGAAAGACGAAAAUAUAGUUAAUUUCGAAGGCCUAAAAUUUCAAUUUCUCGAAGGUAUUGAUAGUUAUGAGAGUUUCAUGAAGCGACUUUAUGACCUCUAUAAAGAAGGAAUGAAGGAAUAUUUACAAAAAGAAAUAAUAGACUACUCAGACUAUGAACAGAAUCAAAAAGUAUUAGAGAUGAUUGAUGAUUUAAGGCUAAAAAAAGACAACACUUUUGCCUUUAUUGAAGUUUUUGACAACAAGACAUUUAAUGACAACUGCCUAAUUGUUAAGGAAAUUGUUAAUUUGCUUGCCAAUUUCAAGUUUAGAUAUGCUGACAAGUCAAAGUCGCUAGGAGAAUUUUUUGAGGAUUUAUUAAAUACAUCUUUAAAACAGGAAGCGGGUCAGUUUUUUACACCUUAUCCGCUUGUAGAUUUUAUGAUAAAAUCUUUACCGAUUAGGGAUGUCAUAAAGCAAAAUAUCCAGCAAAACAGAAAUGAAAUACUUCCUUUUUUUAUUGAUUAUGCUUGUGGUUCUGGUCAUUUUCUAAUAAGUUAUAUAAAUAGAGUUCAGCAGGAGAUUAAUGCCAAAGAUUAUGUUUUUGGGAUUGAAAAAGAUUAUAGAUUAGCUAAAACAACUAAAAUAUCUCUAUUUUUAAAUGGGGAUGGCGAUGCACAAAUAAUACAUGCUGAUGCUAUUAAUAAAUUUUCUUGUGAAGAUUAUUCAAAAUCAGUACUCUUUUCCAAUAAAGAUAAGAACGAAAAAUUUGAUUUUGUUGUUUCUAAUCCUCCUUACUCUGUGCAAGGCUAUAUGAAAAAUUUCCGAAAAAACAACAUUUCCGAAAAAAGCAAUACUUUUGAAUUACUUGAAGAAAUUAAUGAGAAAGAUGCUAGAAUAGAAAUAAUGUUUGUUGAACGAACUUAUCAAUUGUUGAAAAAAAAUAAGUUUGCUGCCAUAAUAUUGCCGCAAUCAUUCUUAUCACAAGAAAAAUAUGCGAAAACUAGAAGAUGGUUGCUGGAAAGAUUUAAUAUCUUGUCAAUAUUCUGUAGCGGAGAUAAUACUUUUGGUUAUACCACUACUUCGCCUUUUUAUAUUAUGCGUAUUACCGACCCCAAUUUUUUCAUGGUUAGUGCUGAUAAGUUAGCCCAAAAGUUAUUGGGUAAAAUACUAGUUCGGAACCUCAAUGGUCAACUUAUCAAAGUCAAAAUUGUGGAAACCGAAGCCUAUAUAGGCAAAAUUGACCGGGCUUGCCAUGCUCAUCAGGAAAAUAGGUCAAGAUGGAAAUCCGCCGCCUUAAAUAAUCGGGGUGGUUGUGCUUAUGUUUAUCUUAUUUAUAGUAUGUAUUAUUGUUUUAAUAUUGCCUCUUCGGUCAAAGGAGACCCGCAAGGCGUAUUAAUCCGUGCCGCUGAACCACUAGACCACCACACCAUUCCGGUUAUUUCCCACCACGACAGCACCAAGAAAUUCCACUACUAUACUAAUGGUCCAGGAAAAUUAUGUCGAGCAUUAAAUAUUGAUAUAAGCCUUAAUCAUGUUGAUUUAACUACUAGCGACUUAAUUUAUUUGGAGGACCAACCAGAAAUUAGCCAGGAAGAAAUUAUUACUACCAAGCGAGUAAAUAUUGAUUAUGCAGGGGAGGACAAAGACCGUUUAUGA